UUUAUUUAUGUUGUACUUACAUUCAGUGUAUGCCGUGCAAAUAGAUGUCCUGUCUCCUCUUGAAACGUCAUGUAAAUACAUACACACAUUCAAAGACACACAUUUACAAUGGAGCCUAUCUUGCUCUUGCCUUUGAAAAUGAUUCUGAGCUGAAAAUACACACGUGAAAUAAACUAGAACGCACGAGCGCACCGCAUAGCUGGCGAAUCGUUUCAAGGAAAACAAGUCAUGGCUCAAGGCUUCCCAUCUGCAUUAUGAGAUCUGUUUGAUAGAAAUAUAUUACUUAUACAAUCUAAAACGCUGACGAGGCAAAGUUGUGGAACAGCUUUAUAGCCUAAAGCCUCUAUGUUGCAUUACUGCAGCAUCGCUGAACACUGUGUGGCCAUUUUUAAAUGAGCAAUUAUAGAAAUGACACAAGUAUAACACACAUUAUAUAACUAAAUAGUUUUACAAGAUUUCCGUUUUUUUAAUGUAAAAAAACAGUGUUUUCCAACUCCAGUGAGAGUCGGGACCUUAAGAGCCUUCGGGAGCAAAGCGUUUGCAGUGUGUGUGCCAACUGUGGGUUAGUGUCCUCAGGCGCAGCCUUCUGUCUGCAGCGCAGCGCGCGCAGCAGGCCUGGCACGAAACGAGACGACUCACCGAAAGAAGACAGCAUGCACAGCACUUGAGUCGCACACAAUACGGUAAAUGAGAAUACAAACGUGUGCUACAUUCGGUUAGCAACUCAUUCAUACACAAAGAAACACAUUAUGACGCUUUCUUCGGACAACAAUAUGCACAUUAUGUUCAGUUGGUAUGAGAUAUCAUGAAGUUAAUGUCUUAUGUGGACCCAUUUUGUGGUAUUCAUCAUGUUUCUUUCUACAUAUCACUUCUGGUUUUAAGUAUGCUGUUGCUGACUUUUAUUUGUUUAUAGAUAUCAAGUUUUCAAAUGACCAAGACAUUUUUAAACAAAUCACGACGUCUGAAUCGUUUUGAAGAGAGAAGAAUUGAGCAUAAUCAAAAAAAAAUCCCCGAAAAGAAAGAGGCUGACAGUGAAAACAUUAACGAAAACAAAACAUCCAAGUAAGACUGCUAAUUUUAAAUACCAUGUGAAGCAACAAGAAACCCUCUGAAAACAGAAUUGAGUGUAACAAUAGCUCAGGUAUGCAAUGAAUUAUUUAUUAGGCUGUAAGAUGCUUUGCGAUGAAGAGAGGAAGAAACAUUACGCUUGCGUAAUUCUGGAUGGAUUUCCAAUUGCACGACGAUAUAUAUAUAUAUACAGAUAUAUCUUUAUUUAUUGCAUUUUAUGUAUACAAAUUCCAUUUUCAAGUUAAUAUUCAUGUUGCUCAUUUCAAGAAGACAACUAACAGUGAAAUGCGGCCGUAUGAUGGAGCCUAAGGAAACUAGACUAAUUGUUUGCUUUGAAAUAAUUCUGAUGUGUUAAAAUCAUUUUCUAACCGCAAACUAAUUUGUCAAGGUUUAACAUUGUAGACCUGCCCGGUGCGUACGGUUUCGUAAUUAAUGUAUGAAAUGUGUUACAGUGAAUCUGCUUUUCGGAAAGUAUUACAGAGUCGUAUUAAGCUUAACAGAUUCAAUACAUAAGGGAAUAUGUUGAUUGUUAUGCUGCUUCACAGCGUCAAGGGUUAAAACCUCUUCUGUAAAUUGACGAUGUUUUUAUUUAUUCAAAAUUCUAAACGAAGUUUGCAUCACUUUUCAGAUUUUCUUUUGAAUAACACACCUGCGUAAAGCUUACCUUCCUAACUCGGUGGUAACAACAAGGAACAUUGACCAAAACAGACACAAAGAACACACACAAAAGGCACUUUUUCAAAUGGCUACUCCUCCACAGCGCUCGUGCUGGGAUGAAAAGGAACUCACAUACGUUGACUUCAUGAAUUUUCUUUCAAACAUCUGAAAUUCUGAACUGAAACCGAAUUGAAAGAAUCAAAAUCCACGUAAAGGCGCUCAAAAGAAAUCCUGCUGCAGCCGCCGCCCUUUGUUCCCCCUGGUGUGGGCCUGCUGUCCUAACCAGAGUUUGGUCGCUAGGUGGCGCUCGUGCUCCACCAAAAACCCUUCAGGUUCCCCAACUUGACCGCGCUGACGUCACGUCAGUCUGGAGCAUCAAGUCCACUUCCACGCCGCUAUUGGUCGGAAAAUCACAUGACAUGUCUCCCGGCAUCCAUAAUUAUCUUACUGAUAUUUUUUGCACCCCCUCUAAAAGAUGUCAGCAUCGUACUGCCCUUACUCUCCUGGAGAAAUCUCGUAGUUCAGAGCACUGCAACUCACCAAUCGAUUACUCUGUUGCCAGAUGCAAAAAAGGCUGGUCCGAAUAAUAUAGCGCCCGGUAAAUUCCUGAUGGAUUCUUUAAUGGGAGGAUCAUCUUCCUUCAGGGGUGAGGGUUAUUCCAGCAACCCCGGGAUGUACAUCCACACAGCUGCAGAGUACGGAUACUCAGUGAUGAGAAACAUUGGGAAGGUAGGACCAGCUUCCAUCUCCAAAAGAGACGAGCUUCCUCCCGGCGGUGUUGCGCUCAGCGGCUUCCAGGAUGCGCACUACCUGUCCGCCACAUGGACCCCCGGCUCCAAAAGGGACGAACAACCUGUUGCCCAGUGUUUACAACCCUGCUCGUUUCCAGCGGGCAACGUCAAAGAGGAGGCGUUUUGUUGCCUCUGUCAGGAUGACAGCAAUAAGGGGAAGCAGACAACAGAGUCGGCCACUUACAUCCGGCUUGGGGAUAAUAGCUGCCGGCCGGAGCAGUCCGCCACGUCCAGCGGAUGUUUCCAGGUGUAUAACGGAGAGAGGCCGCCGCAGGACGACCAGCAGUUCCCCUCGGGCUUCUCUCUGACCCACUUGGCGGCAUCUGUUGAGUCAGCAUCAGAAUCGACAAUAAGUUGCAAUACAUCGGCGCAAGAGACCGCAAGGCAGGUUUCACAGGCAGAUGAGAGUCAGAACAGCAAGAAAGAGAAGGCCAAGAGUGACAGCUGUUCAGAUAACUCGGACGGGCCAUUAAAAGAUGAUUUAUCCGCGGAAAAGACUGCGGGAAGCUGGUUAAAAGCCAAAAGUGGAAGGAAGAAGCGCUGUCCCUACACAAAGCACCAGACGCUGGAGCUGGAGAAGGAGUUCUUGUUCAACAUGUAUCUGUCUCGGGAGCGCCGCCUGGAGAUCAGUCGGAGUAUCAACCUGACCGACAGACAGGUCAAGAUCUGGUUCCAGAACAGACGCAUGAAGCUCAAGAAGCUCAACAGGGAGAGGAGAGGAAGGGAGCACAGUGCAGUAUAUAACUAUUCCUGAGGAUAUUUAUACCGGCACAUACGUUCACAUCCACACAUGCACUCACACAUGCACAUACACGCACCCACACGCAUGCGUAAACAUGACAGAUAGACACACGCACGUGUAAUCUUAUUAAGCAUUGAAUGAUCAUUUAUCACAUGUCUCUUUGUGCACGACACACACAUACACACACAUGCGCGCACACACACAAACACCCACACCCACACCCACACCCACGUCGUGCCUUCCAAUAUAAAUCGCUGCUACCUGCAGACUUUAGUUCUCGGUGAACACUUGCAGGAGCAUCGGGACAUUGAGACGCUAUUACCAUGGAAUUAUAAUUAUAAUCUAACAGGAAGCGAACGAAAGGAGGAGGCAAUAUCAAGCGGUCUAUAAAUAACUCGUGGCAUGAAAGCAGUUUCACUUUGCUGAGCUAGAGUGGAUGUUUGACCACUUUCCAGCUUUUUCGUUGGAGUCUGUUGCUGUGCCAUAUUCGUACAGUGUAAUGUGCAUGCACAUGACACUAUUAAGCCAUAUCAUCGCACACGCUUCCAAAACAGUCAAAGGAAGGUAUAUGGAAAGGUAUUACCAACUUUGUCCUUCCUCUGGCAUAGUGGUGCAAAUGAAAGGGAGGGAGAGACACUGCGGAUGCGAGAAGUAGAUCAUGGCCGUUUUAAUAGAAGUGAGGGACCAUAACGUUGAUUUAAAUAUUAUCCAGGUGACCACAGUAAGUCAAGGUCAUAAAAUUAUAAUGUCAGGUUCGCCCUGAAAAGCGUUGGGGGUGGAUUUUAUGAUCUGCAAAUAUAAUGUGCUGCAGCAGUAAAGAUGCGUUUAAAGGUGUGUGUGGAGGAGGGCUAAUCCAUAGCAGAGACUGCAAUGUGCAGGCUCCAGCCGAGGCGCUGGGCUGGAAGGAGCAGCCGCCUCCACCCGGGAUAAUGGAGCUUCAUGGAAGCAGGAGAUAAGAAAGAUGGUGGAUAAAAGGGACCGCGACGGCUGCAGGAACAAUAAUAACAACAGGCUUCAGGUCGAACACGUGGAUAACUGGACGCACCGGGAAGGCGACUGCAGGAAGCAAGUGAAGCCCCCCUUCCUUCGGCGGUAGUGCAACUAGAGACAGUCUGGAAUCCAAAGUCAUUUUCAUUCAGCUCGGUGAAUGAGUGUCUCCCUUGGAAUGCAUCACUGACAAAGACUUUACAGCGCUGGAAACAGCCUCGAGAGCUGCACAGAUUCACCCUAAAACCAUAUACACAUAAAGUCAUUUAUUUCACUUUGUAGUGGCUAACAGGAACUGCAGGCUCCUCAGCUUCCUUGGAACACCUCACGAUGUGUUGCUGGCAUGAUCAGACAAGAACCAACUAUACUAAAGGAUUUUCUUUUGAUUGUUUUCUGACGUAUAUUUUUUUAUUUUUGUGUGAGAGAUAUAUGAAAAUGAGCUCCUCAGGCUUUAUCUAUAUCGCGUUGUUCAAGAGAAAGAUAGUAGGCCUGUAGAUGAUUCAAUUCAGAAGUCGAGGGACUUCUUUCAAUGGAAAAUGUGCAGGUUUAUUAUUUUGAAUAUUUUGAUGAUAUGUCAAACUCCGUUUUAUCAAUUAAUUGGGCACAUUUUGUAUCCGCAUUGCGUGGUUUGAGUCUGUGAAUUCAAUCGGUAUACAGAGAUAACAUUUAGGCAACAGAAAUAUCACAAAUGGUGUUUUUUCUUUCUUUUAUUUUAUCAAAAGGAUUGUGGUCAUUAUCCCAUAUAAAUUACUUCGCAUUUUUGACCCAAACAAUAUGUUGUAGGGCGAGAAUUCAAAGUGUAGGUUAACAGUGUUGAUAUCAAUGCGCCGGGCGGGCCUAUCGUCGAUAUAUUGAUCUGCAUUAUAUCACAGAACGUGGUCUGUUGAAAACGGAGGGAUUGUAUCACGGGUUUUUAUUUAACAAUGCUUAUGGGACAGUCUCAAAGAAUAUUGGAUAAUAAAGAGACGUGUUUGAUUCAAACUAUUUGCAGCACGGUUAUAUUAUCCAUGAGACCAGUUCACUGCACAGUGUCGGCAAUACGGAUACUUGUGUGGCCUUUCUGAUCACACUGCAACUUUUUGCUGUUAUACCUUCUGUCAAGUAUAUAUGUCGUUUUGAAUAUAAUAUAUCGUGCACUUGGACAUUUACUUAUGCAGAUUUUAAGGCAUAUAAUAUGGUCCAAAUAUUGCCGAGCUCCACCGCUGUCCAUGAGACCCAGUUCGAUCUGGGGGUUCAUGCGGGCUAAGAGACUCUGCUUGUGUGCUGGGACUUUUUCGGGUAGAAAACAACAUUUUUCUUUAUAUGUUCACUAUUGAGAAAACAUAAUGUACCUUCGUCCUUACUGUAUCAUACUGUAUGCCAGCGCACGUGAUCGUGGUGCGUGACUGAUCAAAGAAAGCAGAGUUGCAACGCACACCUUAAACGGUUCGUUUGUUAUUAUAAAUAAAUAAAUGACACACACUUUAUGAAAGUGAAAACAUUGACAAAAAAGAUGUAUCAUCUUUAAUUGAAUUGCACAGACAGUUAUUUGGUCUUGAUUAUCAGCAUGUGGAGCUCUGUGUUUUUAACUGUUCGAUGAUUUUAAUAAUACAACCACAGAGUAAUCUGCAGCCUGUCAUGACUGCACUCACACAUUUACACUAUGCCAGUCUGAAGGUUCAGGAACAUGUUGUUUACCUGGCGGAAAGAUUCACGAUCUUGCUCCUCGUUCAAUAGACUAGUUCUGUUUCCCUGCAUUUUUACCCGACAGCUACAUUCAGGCGAAGCAAACCCUUAAUUAUAGAGAGCUCUGUAGGUGUGGGAUUAAAGGCGUAGGUCCUUAACACUUGCUUUUGGACCCUUUCAAAUAAAUAUGAAGCCUCACUGCACUACGGGGGCGUGAUGAUGUGUGUUGUUGUUUGUUAGCGUCCACUUGAAAUUGCA